AUGUGGACAUCUGACAGCCCAACCUUGCUGCUCCUUACAAUAUCAGGACUCCUCACCACAGCGGUUGUCAAUGCGCAAAACUCCUCCUGCCGAGGCUAUUUCGAGGAAUUCACGGCCGUGAACUCGACCGGCCAGCACGAAUUUACUUGGAACUCUUCCUACGCAGGCGACGACCCGUGGUAUGUCUCUGUCCUCGUCGGAUCUCGCUAUGACGACGUCAGAGGACAUGUCUACAUCUCCGUACCUGGAAACGUGCCCAACGACACCGAACUCUGCAGCUACCAAUACACCAACCUCAAUGCGACGUUAGAAGCCGGAGGGGAGAACAGCUGUAGCGGCGUGAUCAGCUCGGACUGCAUGGACCACCUAGAUAAGGCACUAAGUGAUACCUCCGCGGGUUACUGUCCUGGCAUCUACACUUCGUCCGUAUCAGAAGAGUUCAGGAAAGCGUGUCCAAUGUUGAGUGGCGGCUCACACAACACGGUCCGUCAAGACGUGACCAACAGCACGUGCGCCUACACCAACAUGCCCGAGGAGGUGCAGAUUCCAGACAACUACAACACGUUCGGGACAAACGCAGGCGUCAGCGUGUCCGAUAAUACCGAUCCCGAUGCAAAUGAGCAGUAUGAUCUCUUGACGCGCCAGACGAUUCCACUCGUCCUACUGGGACGAUUUGCUGACCCAGAAUCAAAUCUGGUGCAAACCGGCCUCAAAUUCGUAUGCAUGACUGCGAACAACACAGUGGAGGGAAGCCGUGUAUCAGAGGAAGAGACGCCGUGGGAGAGUGCCGGGGCUGAUAUUAGUGCGAGGAUGGUGGGAUGGGCGGCUGGUAUUGCGACGGCGGUAAUGCUCAUGUUGUAAGACUGCAGUUUAUGGUGGUGGUCUUCGGAGGAUGAAAUCGAUAAAGCUGGAGCAGAGAGACCACCUGCAUAAAUUCAAUGAUACAUGUAUUGACUAUUGGUAACGGAAGUAUGAGUAAACUUAUUGUUGGGGGUUGAGUCUGGGGACGGAUGGCACGCAGCUGGUG